AUGGGAGAACACGUCUCCGUCGUCGUGCUCGUCGGCCCCAGCGGCGCCGGCAAAUCCACGCUCCAGGACGCCGUGGCGGCGCGGCAUCCCGACCGCGUGCUGCGCGCUGUGAGCCACACCACCCGUGCGCCGCGGGAGGGCGAGGUUGACGGGCGCGAGUACAACUUUGUCGACCGUGCCGCGUUCGAGGCGCUGGCCAACGCCGGCGCCUUUGUCGAGACGGCCGAGUACAGCGGCAACCAGUACGGAUCCGGAGCCACCGCGCGCCAGGCGGCGCAGCAGGGGAAGGUUUGUCUGCAGGUGCUCGAGCCAAAGGGGGCCGAGUCCUUCCGGCGCCUGCGUGACGAGCUGGGGUGUCGCUUCGUCUUUGUCACGGCGCCGCGCGAGGAGCUGGUGAAGCGGAUC